UCCCCCGGCCGCAAGGCAUUGUGGGCGCGCGGCCGGAGCCUCAGACCGUCAACAUGUCCGACGUGGAUUGGGAUGCCGAGGACUUCGAGCCUCCCCAAGCCCAGCCUGCCAAGUUGACUGAUAAGUGGGAAGGAGAGGACGAGGACGACUCUGUCAAGGACAACUGGGACGAUGAAGAAGAAGACAGUGAAAACAAAGAUGAUAAGGAUAAGAAAACAGACUCUUCAAGUCUCAAGAAGAAGAAGAAAAAGAAAUUAGCUGACAUCAUUGCAGAGAAGGAGGCAAAACAGGUAGAGGAGAAGGAGAGGAGAAAGAAGGAGGCCGAGGAAAGAGAAAAGGCCCUAACGCCCGAGGAGAAGCUGGCCGAGAAACUAAGGAUGCAAAAGAUACAGGAGGAUGCUGACCUGCAGCUAGCCAAUGACCUGAUGGGGACAACAGAGAGCGUUGCGGAAGAGGAGGAUGUGUUGCUGGACGGCCUAGAUAUCUCCACUAGUAACGGUUUAGAAUCAUUUAGAAAAGCUAUCAUCUCAAAGAUCAGAUCCACAGAGCGGUUAGAAAAGCGGCCGUUUUACAUCAGCUUUGUAGAAGACCUUAGUAGAGAACUCUGUACGAACAUUGAAGUGGAAGAGGUGAAAAAAGUCAGUUCAGUCCUCAACAGCCUCUACAAUGAGAAAGUCAAGGCCAGUAAGCCAAAGAGUAAAAAGAAAGGAGGAGGGAAAGCCAAACUCAAUGUCGGUCAAGGAGCCAUUGCCGAUGAUGUUGGCAACGACUAUGGAUAUAAUGAGUACGAUGACUUCAUUUAGUGUAAUAUUACUUUAGACAUCAAUUACUAUUGUUUGGCUUUUGAAAGCUUUCAUUUGUAUAUACACAAACCCAGUGCUUUAUGGAUAGAAAAAGGUUAAUAAAUGACUCCAUUGGUAAGGGGCAAAACAGCGUUAAGAACAAGGAGGGGGAGGAGCGGACUCUUAA